AUGACCGUCGAUCCCAAUAUUCAGGAAGUGACACAGAAUGUCGAGCCUCCUCAAGUCGCCCCCCAUCGUUCUCACGAUCCCGCAAACAACCUGAAACGGACCGACCCCUUCCAAUUCGGCUCGCGAUACCUUGAAAAGGGCGAUGAUGUCUUCGAGUUCAAUGCUUGGGACCACGUCGAGCCGGACGAUGAGUUUAAGGCCUUCGCCGAGACCCAAUAUGCGAGACAGCGCGAAACACGCGUGUCGGACUUUGAUCGCAACCGAUUCAACAACGACCCCGCCAAGUGGUGGGAUCUUUUCUAUAAGAAUAACACAGCCAACUUCUUCAAGGAUCGAAAGUGGUUGCGCCAAGAAUUCCCCAUUCUCGCUGAAGUGACACAGAAGGACGCCGGUCCCCAGGUCGUCCUGGAGGUUGGCGCGGGAGCCGGAAACACCGCCUUCCCAUUGCUGGCCAACAACGAGAAUGAACAUCUCAAGGUCCAUGCCUGUGAUUUUUCCAAGUAUGCUGUCAAGGUCAUGCGCGAGAGCGAGCUCUACAACGAGAAAUUUAUGACCGCUGAUGUCUGGGACGCAGCCGGUGUGCCUGGUGAGAACGGCGACUCUCUUCCGCCCGGUCUGACUGAGGGCUCAGUCGAUGUUGUGAUCCUAAUCUUCAUCUUCUCUGCCCUGGCGCCUAACCAGUGGGACCCUGCAAUCCGCAAUAUCUACCGGCUCUUGAAGCCCGGUGGCCGUGUGUUGUUCCGCGACUACGGCCGUGGUGACCUCGCCCAAGUGCGAUUCAAGAAGGGUCGAUACAUGGCCGAGAAUUUCUACAUUCGAGGUGACGGCACACGGGUUUACUUCUUCGACAAGGACCAGCUCGUCGACAUGUGGGGUACCUGGAGCGCAGAAAACGGAUUGCAGAUCCCCAUUGGCGACGAGAACCCCACCGAAGAAGCGUCUGAGAAAGAGACAGAGGAGCCAUCUGCAGAGGCCAAGCAACUGGCAAGGGAUAAUGGAGCAUUUGAGGUCCUUAAUAUGGGUGUCGAUCGGCGGCUGAUUGUCAACCGUGGGACCAAACAGAAGAUGUACCGUUGCUGGAUGCAGGGCAACUUCCAGAAGCGUGGUGGGCCUGAGGCUAAGGCUGCCACCGAGAACACCCAGUAA